UACUCCCGCGACGCCUCGCCCAGCUACGACUACCGCCGGGGCCGCGACCGGGACCACGAGGACUCGUACCGAAGGAAAGGCAGCAGGCGUAAGCACAAACGAAGGCGGCGUAGAACCAGGUCCUAUAGCCCAUCGUCCUCGCCCCAGGAUUGGGUAAGUAUGAACUCCUUUGUUUUAUGUUCUUCUUUUUGUUGACGUUUUGUCUUUUUUGAUAGCGAUAGUCCAAGUCUUGGCUUUCAGUGUUAGCCCCAUCUGUAACAUUAAAUAGUGAGGCUCAAUCCAAUAUACAUUAAUGUUAAUAUGAGUAGUGAAUAGCUUUGUUGGGAGAGCCUCCGUAAUUAAUAUCUCAUAACUUUCAUCCAUUCUUUAUCUUGCUGUAUCUGCACACCUAUAUAACUCUUUCACACAGUUUAGAUGUCAAAAAAGAGAUUUUUUUCAAAAUGAAAGCAUAUAAAGUUGUUUCAUAAUUUCAGUUCUUUUUCAUUUUAUUUCCAGUCUCCCACUAGAGCAACCUUUUUCUUUGGAGAUGUUAUGGAUGUAAUAGUUGUGAAUUAGCAAUGCCUUUACUCAUGUGCUCUUCUAUGAGUAAAUGUUGAUGCAGGUUGCUUUUUGUGACUUUUUGUCAGGGUUGCUAGGCAGAGGGAUGAGGGGGAGUUUGCAAGCAAGCAAGAAGGGAGGGGUAAAAUGUUAUCUUUGACUUGAUCCCUUGCACUAUAUCCCUAUCGUUAUAUAUAUCUCCUCACGUGGUGUCAUACGAAUCGCCCCAUGACCACCAAACCUACCUACAACAACUACAACACUGCUCAUCUUCGACGCCGUGGCUACGGCUGCCCCCCUCCACUCUCCCCGCUCCACCCACCUCCCCUCCUCCCUCUGCGGUCGUGGCGUGACCUCUGAUCUGUGACCCUGGCUGGGGCCGAAGCAGCGGAGUGACAGCGGGACGAGGGCACUGUGUGUGAGGGACGACGAGGAGGGUCACCUGAUCUGUCGGAGUGGCGACGUCCUGCAAGAGAGAUAUGAGAUUGUCAGCACUUUGGGCGAGGGCACCUUCGGGAGGGUGAUGCAAUGUAUUGAUCAUCGCAGGGGUGGAGCACACGUCGCUCUGAAGAUCAUCAAAAAUGUGGAGAAGUACAAAGAGGCGGCCCGGCUGGAGAUCAACGUACUGGAAAGAAUCAAUGAGAAAGAUCCUGAGAAUAAGAAUCUGUGUGUCCAGAUGUUUGACUGGUUCGACUAUCAUGGCCAUAUGUGUAUCAGUUUUGAGCUGUUGGCUCUCAGCACUUUUGAUUUCCUCAAAGAAAACAAUUACCUGCCCUACUCCAUCAGUCAAGUGCGUCAUAUGGCCUACCAGAUCUGCCUAGCUGUCAAGUUUUUGCAUGAAAACAAAUUGACCCACACAGACCUGAAACCAGAAAACAUUCUAUUUGUCAACUCUGACUUCACAAUCACAUACAAUGUGGAGAAGAAGCGAGAUGAGCGUACUGUGAAAAACACGGCGGUGAGGGUGGUGGAUUUUGGCAGCGCUACAUUUGACCAUGAGCACCAUAGCACCAUUGUUUCUACCAGGCACUACAGAGCACCUGAAGUUAUUCUAGAAUUGGGCUGGAGUCAGCCGUGUGACGUGUGGAGCAUAGGCUGCAUACUCUUCGAGUACUACCUCGGCUUCACCCUCUUCCAGACUCAUGAUAAUCGGGAGCAUUUAGCCAUGAUGGAGAGAAUUUUGGGCCCUGUUCCCUCCCGUAUGAUUCGUAAGACUAGGAAACAGAAAUACUUUUAUCGUGGACGUCUGGACUGGGACGAGAACUCUUCAGCAGGAAGAUACGUCAGAGAAAACUGCAAACCUUUACGGAGAUAUCUUCUGUCUGAAGCUGAAGACCAUCACCAGCUGUUCGAUCUGAUCGAGGCCAUGCUGGAGUACGAGCCGACGAAGCGUCUCACUCUGGCUGCGGCCCUGAGACAUCCUUUCUUUCAGAGCACCAUCAGCAGCACUGACCAGAGCGCCGGCAAGAGCUGGGAGGGCAACCGUGACAUCAGUCGGUGACAAUAACAUUCGUCUUCAACCAGUGUCUCUGUCUUACGCCAAAAAACCCCGAGGACUCGCAUGCCAAGAGAGAUACCGUGGAGCUGAACUGACUUUGCAUAACGUUUUCUAGUGCAAGAGAAGCUAAAUACAGCAGAAGUAUAUGAUUUCUUAAUCAUCUUCCCAUAAUGUGAGAACAGCUCCGUGUGCAGCAGGAGAAUGUGAGGAACUUGGGACUUCUAGAAGAUCCCAGUAAACUGUCAUGUUUGUAUGUGAUUGAUUGGACAUUUGAAGGGUUUUUGAAUAAAUACUCCCUUCAAGUUAAGUUCUUCCAGCCAGUUGUUGCUAAUGAUAUUUUUGGACAGCCAUAAGCAGAGGAAAAAUCAUUUGAUGGGGGAAAAAGCAUUAACGUAACACUCCAUUUGAGAAGGAAAGUAACUGAUAAAACAGCAUCACUGUUACAAUAUUGUUAUUUAUCGGGCAAAUCUGUUUUGUACAUUUUUAGCCCUUAGCUGGUAAUCGCAGAUGCAUUGCAACACACUCUGUUUAUAUUCAGUUCAAUUCAAAGCAAGUAACAGAGCAGCAUUGUUCUGGUGAUUGUGUCCCUCAGCACACGUUUACAGUAUUUAUUUAGUGAACCAAUGUCUCAUUUUGUGUCUUUGUAUGGAUUUGACUGUAUAAAUUUGUAAAUACAAAUAAAUAUAUGUUGUGACUAUAGAAUAAAGGGCCUGUCUGUCUGCUUGCUGUGAAUGUGUUUUCACAGCGGCUCUCCAGGCAAAAUGUUUUUACAAUUACA